AUGGGUACAUCAAUUUGUGUAAAAGGAUCCCAAUAACCGUAAGUUGAAGUAAAAACAAUUUCAUAACGUUCAUAUAAAUUAAAUGGACCUCCUCACUUAUUCAAACCAACUCCCAUUAUCAGUAUUUUGAUAGCUGAUGAACAAGUAGAGAAGGAAGAAUCUCCGAAAAAGGAAUUGAUCUAAUAAUAAAGUCAAAAGUAGUUAGAACAGUAAUUCUAAUACACAGCUCAACAAUCUGAAGAGCUGGAUAGUUAACAAUAAAACCCAUGGAUUAAAAAAAACUUUGCUAUUGAAGCCACCAAUUUAUCCAAAGUAAAAAAUAGUGAUGUAAACAAUUCGAACAAUGGCAACUUAAAUAACUCUUUUGACCAAAAAAACUCAUUCAUUGAAACCUCCAAGUAAAAACCUAUACUUAAAAAUAAGAGUGGACAAGACCUUUCUAAUGUUUCAAUUUCAGCUGGCUCAUAAAGGUCCAUUAAGAAGGUUUCUUUUGAUAAAAAGCAACAGGUUUGGUACACAAAAUACAAAAAUUGA